CGCCGUCUGUGGAAUUAAAUAGUUAUUAUUGUAUGGUAGAAGCUUAUGAGACAAAGUUAUAGUUUAUAAUCAUUUGAUCAAAGUUAUUGUAAUUAUUGUUUAUCCUAUAUAAAAUAAUUAUUUAAUUGAGUAAUGCUAUUGUGAUACAAAAUUAACAAAAAUGAGUAACGUCUAUAUUCAAGAACCUCCCACGACAGGAAAGGUUUUAAUGAAAACAUCCGUUGGAGAUAUAGAAAUUGAAUUAUGGGCGAAGGAAACUCCUAAAGCUUGUAGAAAUUUUAUUCAAUUAUGUAUGGAAGGUUAUUACGACAACACAAUAUUUCAUCGAGUUGUUAAAGGGUUUAUAGUUCAAGGCGGUGACCCAACAGGUACAGGAGAGGGUGGUGAGAGUAUAUAUGGUGCUCCUUUCAAGGAUGAAUUUCAUACUAGGCUGCGCUUUUGUCGAAGAGGUCUUCUUGCCUCGGCUAAUGCUGGCAAAGAUGAUAAUGGCUCACAAUUCUUUUUUACACUGGCUGCUACACCAGAAUUACAAAACAAACAUACCAUUUUUGGCAAAGUCAUUGGAGAAACUUUGUACAACAUGCUCAAGCUCGAAGAAGCUCUUGUCGAUGAAGAUGAUAGACCUAUUUAUCCACAAAAGAUAUUGAAAACAGAAAUUUUGAACAAUCCAUUUGUGGAUAUCACACCACGUAUUGAAUCCAAGAAGAAUAGCGAUGCAAAAGAAAGUAAAAAAGAAAAGAAAACUGGAGUGAAAAAUUUUAAGUUAUUGUCUUUUGGCGAAGAAGCGGAAGAAGAUGAAGAAGAAUCUGUGAUUUUAAAUAAGCAAUUGAAUAAUAAGGCUAAAUCAGCUCAUGACCGGUUAUCAGAUCCUAAAUUAAGUUCGCAACCAGUUAUUGAUACCAGUGAACCGCCAAAUAAAAAAUUAAAAGAAAGUGAUGACGUUGAUUCUGAAAGCGACGACAAUGCAUUGCAAUCUUCUGAGCAAAUAGCAGCCAUCGCAAAAGAAAAAUCGUGAGUUGAAGUUACAUCCUGUAAAAAAAAAAAAAAAAA